GCCGAGAAAGGGCGGGGGGGAAGCGCGCUUCCUGCGGACCACCCCCUCCUCUACUGAAGCCGGCAGCUGACAGCGCGAGCGGCAGCAGGAGCUGCAGCCCCGGCACGCGGGGAGCCUGUGGAACGUUGAGGCCCAGAGGCCAGCGCGCGCCUGAGGACCCUGUUGAAAAGUUGCACGUUUUUGCAGCAGGAAUAUUCAUGCACCAUAACCCUACCAGGACCUCAAGAAAUAGUUUCAUAUGUCCUUGCACCAGGACUCUGUGCAAUAAUCAUCUCCUUGCAUAAGGAUACUCUACCUCCUUGUACCGGAACCGUGUAGAAUAGCUGCCAUCCUGCACCAGGACCCUUGAGUUCUUACACCUUCAUGUUACACCAGGAUCACGUGAGAUAUUUGCAGCAGGACUUUUUGGGAUACUUGCUUUCCUUGCACAUUACACUAGAAACCAGUGGGUAAUUCUUCUCGCCGUACCUGGAUCCCUUGGUCUCUUCUGCCUCCAUCGUUGCACUAGGACUUUGUAAAAUUCUUUUGCCUCCUUGCACUGUCUCAUUUCCGUAACCAACAGACCCCUUGCUUGAACCACCUUCCCUGCAGGAUAUUUGCAAACAACUGCUUGCCCCAGGACUUGAGACGUUCUCCUUGCACAUACUGUCCUUGCAGUGCACUUCUCCAAGGAUUGUCUGCAUGCCAAAGCCUCGGGCUAGGGCCUCUGACAAAAAAAUCAUUGACUAAACUAGACAGCUGUGAAAUAUUUGCAUGGUAAACCAUGGGUCAGCUCCCGUGCUCCACCUUUAGCCACACCUGUGGAAAACUCACUUGAUAACCAUUGGGUGUCUGGACACCACAUUGCACCAGACCGCUGAGGAUCCAUGCUAGACAUGAAUCCACUCGGUGGUGGAGCCUGCUGUUACCCCACUCAUUUCGUUACCCUCCUAAAUUAUCGUUUCACUUUUAUUUGUUAUUGUUUCUGGACGAUUAGAAUUUAAAGCUUCCAGGAAGUUAUUAGAUUCCUCCACGCACGCAUGCACCAACGCCAACGGUCUCCUGCCAAAAUGGCUUCCGUCCGGUUCAUGGUGACCCCUACGAAAAUCGACGACAUCCCAGGGCUCUCUGACACUAGUCCGGACCUCAGCUCCCGCUCCAGCUCCCGGGUCCGCUUCAGCUCCCGGGAGAGUGUCCCUGAGACAAGCCGCAGCGAGGGCAUGAGUGAUUUCUCAGGGGCCACCACCUCGGUGGCCACUGUGGCGGGCGAGCUGGCUAGCGACAGGACGUCCAACCCCCAUGACAUGGCGGAAGACGUGAGUCAAACCUCCAUCACAGGGGAACAGUGUCAGCUCUUAGACCCGGUGCGCAAGAAAGACAUCUAUCUCAACAACACCAGCUACGAGGAUGGGGAUGAGUACUUCGACAAGAACCUGGCGCUCUUCGAGGAGGAAAUGGAUACCCGGCCCAAGGUGUCCUCCCUGCUUAACCGCAUGGCGAACUACACCAACCUGACGCAGGGAGCACGGGAGCAUGAGGAGGCUGAGAACGUUGCAGAGGGCAAGAAAAAGCCCACAAAGACACCCCAGAUGGGCACCUUCAUGGGCGUCUAUCUGCCCUGCCUGCAGAACAUCUUUGGGGUCAUCCUCUUCCUGCGCCUCACCUGGGUGGUGGGCACGGCCGGCGUGCUGCAGGCCUUCGCCAUUGUCCUCAUCUGCUGCUGCUGCACGCUGCUAACUGCCAUCUCCAUGAGUGCCAUUGCCACCAAUGGAGUCGUGCCGGCUGGGGGCUCCUACUUCAUGAUCUCCCGGGCGCUGGGCCCCGAGUUCGGGGGUGCUGUGGGGCUCUGCUUCUAUCUGGGCACCACCUUCGCCGCCGCUAUGUACAUUCUGGGAGCCAUCGAGAUCUUCCUGAUGUACAUUGCCCCCGAGGCAGCCAUUUUCCGCAGCACUGAUGUGCUGAAGGAGUCGGCAGCCAUGCUGAACAACAUGCGGGUCUAUGGCUCAGCCUUCCUCAUACUCAUGGUGCUGGUGGUCUUCGUCGGCGUGCGCUACGUUAACAAGUUCGCCUCGCUCUUCCUUGCCUGUGUCAUCGUCUCCAUCCUAGCCAUCUACGCCGGGGCCAUCAAAUCCUCCUUCGCCCCGCCCCGCUUCCCGGUCUGCAUGCUGGGAAACCGCACCCUCUCUGGCCAGCAGAUCGACUUCUGCGCCAAGACCCAGGAACUGGGCAACUUGACGGUGCCCACCCAGCUCUGGGGCCUCUUCUGCAACUCCAGCAAGCAGCUGAAUGCCACCUGCGACGAAUACUUUGCUCACAACAACGUCACCUCCAUCCAGGGCAUCCCAGGCCUGGCCAGCGGCAUCAUCACUGAGAACCUGUGGAGCAGCUACCUGCAGAAGGGGGAGAUCAUUGAGAAGCCUUCAGCCCACUCUGUCGAUGUACUGGGGGCCAUGAGCCAGGAGUAUGUGUUGGCCGACAUCACCACCUCGUUUACCCUGCUCGUGGGCAUCUUCUUCCCAUCUGUCACUGGGAUCAUGGCUGGCUCGAACCGCUCCGGAGACCUGAAAGAUGCUCAGAAAUCCAUCCCCAUUGGCACCAUCCUGGCCAUCCUCACCACCUCCUUCGUCUAUCUCAGCAACGUGGUUCUGUUUGGGGCCUGUAUCGAAGGGGUGGUGCUGCGAGACAAGUUUGGCGACGCUGUGCACAGGAACCUGGUGGUUGGGACGCUCUCGUGGCCCUCGCCCUGGGUCAUCGUCAUCGGGUCCUUCUUCUCCACUUGCGGGGCUGGGCUGCAGAGCCUCACUGGUGCCCCCCGGCUGCUGCAGGCCAUCGCCAAGGACAACAUCAUCCCCUUCCUGCGGGUUUUCGGCCAUAGCAAAGCCAACGGGGAGCCGACGUGGGCUCUGCUCCUGACAGCUGGUAUUGCCGAGCUUGGCAUCCUCAUUGCCUCGCUGGACCUGGUGGCCCCCAUCCUGUCUAUGUUCUUCUUGAUGUGUUACCUCUUUGUCAAUCUGGCCUGCGCCUUGCAGACCCUGCUGCGCACCCCCAACUGGAGACCCCGCUUUCGCUACUACCACUGGGCGCUCUCAUUCGUGGGCAUGAGCAUUUGCCUGGCGCUUAUGUUUGUGUCCUCCUGGUAUUAUGCCAUCGUCGCCAUGGUGAUCGCCGGCAUGAUCUACAAAUACAUCGAGUACCAGGGAGCCGAGAAGGAGUGGGGCGAUGGCAUCCGGGGCCUGUCACUGAGCGCCGCCCGCUUCGCCCUGCUGCGCCUGGAGGAGGGGCCCCCCCACACCAAGAACUGGAGGCCCCAGCUGCUGGUGCUGCUGAAGCUGGACGAGGACCUGCACGUGAAGCACCCCCGCCUGCUGACCUUCGCCUCGCAGCUCAAGGCGGGCAAGGGCCUGACCAUCGUGGGCUCCGUCAUGGUGGGCAACUUCCUGGAGAACUACGCCGAGGCGCUGGCAGCUGAGCAGACCAUCAAACACCUGAUGGAGGCAGAACGUGUGAAGGGCUUCUGCCAGCUGGUGGUGGCAGCCAAGGUGCGGGAGGGCAUCUCCCACCUCAUCCAGUCCUGCGGCCUGGGCGGCAUGAAGCACAACACGGUGGUGAUGGGCUGGCCCAAUGCCUGGCGCCAGAGCGAGGACGCCCGCGCCUGGAAGACCUUCAUCAGCACUGUCCGGGUCACCACAGCUGCACGCCUGGCCCUGCUGGUGGCGAAGAAUGUGGCCUUCUACCCAGGCAAUGCGGAGCCCUUCGCUGAGGGCAACAUUGAUGUGUGGUGGAUCGUCCACGAUGGGGGCAUGCUCAUGCUGCUGCCCUUCCUGCUCAAGCAGCACAAGGUGUGGCGUAAAUGCAACAUCCGCAUCUUCACGGUGGCCCAGCUGGAGGACAACAGCAUCCAGAUGAAGAAGGACCUGGCCACCUUCCUGUACCACCUGCGCAUAGAGGCAGAGGUGGAGGUGGUGGAGAUGCACGACAGCGACAUCUCGGCCUACACCUAUGAGCGGACCUUGAUGAUGGAACAGCGCUCCCAGAUGCUGCGCCACAUGCGGCUCUCCAAGACUGAGCGGGACCGGGAGGUAAGUGGGGACAGGGGUGGGAGUGGGCUGCUCCCCUCCCCCAUGGGGUACUCCCUCACUCACCCCCUGGUCUUCCCGCAGGCCCAGCUGGUGAAGGACCGCAACUCCAUGCUGCGCCUGACCAGCAUUGGCUCUGAUGAGGACGAGGAGACAGAGACCUACCAAGAAAAGGUCCAGAUGACCUGGACCAAGGAUAAGUACAUGGCGGCCCGCGGGCAGAAGGCCCGGACUCUUGAAGGCAUGCAGGACCUGCUCAACAUGAAGCCGGACCAGUCCAAUGUGCGGCGCAUGCACACGGCUGUCAAACUCAACGAAGUGAUCGUCAACAAGUCCCAUGAGGCCAAGCUGGUCCUGCUCAACAUGCCGGGUCCACCCCGCAACCCUGCGGGCGAUGAGAACUAUAUGGAGUUCCUGGAGGUGCUGACCGAGGGGCUGGAGCGGGUGCUGCUGGUGCGGGGGGGCGGCAGCGAGGUCAUCACCAUCUACUCCUAGAGCACCCCCCCCCCACUGGCCCCUGCCACUUCAUUCCACUGCUGCCCUCCGGGGCAUGCCAAAAUUCAGUGGGGGCAUACCUCCAUGGAGCACAGUUACCCCACCUCUCUACCCCUACAGGGCAAGAAAGGGGGAUGCACCAAAGGGACUGGCGUAUUAGACCCAACAGGGCAGAGUCACAAUGGGGCAACCCUCACAAAGUAGGGAUGGGAGAGAUUUCCCAUGGUGCCCAUCACCACACAGUGCCAAAGCUGAUUUGCUUCCUUUCCCUUUUAAGCUGCUGUGGAAGGGUUGUGGGCUUCCUUCCCUCUCCCCCCCUUUGUGUACAAGCAGCAUGGUUGCUGUAAUGUUUCCUGCUGGUGGCAGGCCGGUGCCAGUCACUGAUCCAACUUCCUUGGCCUAAUGUACAGGGUGCCUGUUGCAUGGGGCCAGAGGGGGGCUGAGAACUAGGAGAAACCACCAACUCAUCACACAUGUGGCUUAAGUUUUUAUUUCACAUUCACUUCUGCCCCAUAGUCCUGGGGUUGCUGGGGGAGGGGGGGUGUCCCCACCACCCACCCCAGAUGUUGUUGUCUCUCAGCACUAAUCAGGGCAGGCUGGACAAGUGGUUUCUGGAGCCCCCAGGGCAGCCUUGAACCAGGCAAAUCCAAUCUCCUCUCCCUUUGCGGCUUCAAGUGGAAGACCGGGCCUGGCAGCCACUACUUGAUCCUUGGGGGGUGGGGGGCUUUUAAUUUAUUGGGGAUCAAGCCCCAGUUUACAGUGUUGGGGGUCAGGAGGGAUUUUUUUUGCUCUGUACCAGAACUGUGUAAAGAAUAAAAUUUUAUACGUUAA